AUGGUUCCCCACACAACCACCGAACUUCGUGGGCUACGUGAUGAACUUUAUGAAGCACUUUUUAAAAGACCCAGGCACACAAGGCCUUUCAAAUGUGCGAAAUAUGUUAAAUCUUUUCUUAAUAUGGCAAUCAGCUAUAAAUUUGCCACUAUUAAUGACCUCAAAGAGACUUCUGAAAAGGUUAAGUGGAUGCUGAGAGAUAUAACAAGUUCCUUCAAGGAACUGGUUGCUUCAUUGCCAUGGAUGGACCUAGAAACAAAAGAAGCAACUUGGAAGAAAGCUUCAGCCAUUAAAAGCUUCAUUGGAUAUCCAAAGUGGUUAUUGGAAGAUGGAGAACUAGAAAAAUUUUAUAAACAUGUACAAAUAAAUGAUGGUCAGUUUCUUGAGUCAUUGGUGUCUAUUAAAGCAGCUGAAGUGAGAACUAUUUUAGAGUCUGUGGGAGAACCUCCUAAUAAUCAAUCUCUAGGGGCACUAAACUAUGGAGCAAUAGGGUCUAUACUUGGACAUGAAUUGACUCAUGCGUUCGAUAUUGAAGGGAAGGAAUAUGAUGGAGAAGGAAGAAAAAUAUCUUGGUGGAGUGAUGAAAUGACUAAACAGUAUAAUGACAGAGCUCAAUGUUUUGUUAAACAAUAUGACAAAUUUGCUUUUAAUAAGAUAAAUACAGUAAAUGGAACACUUACAUUAGCUGAGAACAUAGCCGAUAAUGGUGGAGUGAGGGAAGCCCUCCACGCAUAUAGACAUUACGUGAAACGAAAUGGAGAAGAACCAUAUUUGCCAGGUUUAGAACAUUAUACACAUGAACAACUUUUCUUCCUUGCAUUUGCAAAUGUUUGGUGUGAAAAAACUACUGAGUCUGAUGAAAUAAUGUCUUUAGGGGAUGUACACAGCCCUAACAAGUUCAGAGUACUCGGAACAUUGGGUAAUUCACCUGAAUUUGCUGAUGCAUGGAACUGUCCCAGAAAAACGAAAAUGAACCCAGAAAACAAAUGCAUUCUAUGGUGAAAAAGUAGGUUUUGUUGUCAGUGCCUGUGAUAUCCCUGUUAAGCUGAUUUGAGCCCUUAGAAAAAACAAAACCCAAAUCUUAUUGUGUAAAGUUUUAUUAUUAGGUAUCUAUUUAUCAUUUUAAUGUAUGUGGGUCCAAUGAAUUGUAAAAAAAAAAAAAAAAGAAAAAAAAGGAAAAAAUCCUUAAAUUUAUUGAUAACUGUUGACCUCAUCUGUGCCUUUUCACCUUAGAUUUAAAAAUAUUUGACAUUAUUUUUAUAAUUUAUCACAUUUAUAAAGUUUUCCAUACUGUAAUUGUAAUAUUAAUAAAAUAACAUUUAUAACCCUUAUGUAUUAAUACAUAAUCUCUAUGUUAUAAUUGACUGUGAAUAUAGUUGUUAAAU